GUUUUACGUGCGGCGCUGCAGUGACCCUGUCGGGCCAAUUACCGGAGCGGUUCAUCCGCGCAAAGGUCGCCAUGAGUGAGUUCAAUUUUCUGCAAGCGGUGAAGCAAGCGAUCCGCGCGAUCGGCAAUGGCCAGGGAACCGAGCUGGAUGGCAUCACGCUGCAUGCAGCAGGCCACCAGGCACUGCCCUAUCGCCAGCUGUGUCAAGCCGCCUCCGACCCGCCAGACAGCACAGAAAAACUGAGCGUUGCACUACGGCGCUUGGCCCUGGCCUCGUGCGAUGCCCUGGUGGUGCACCUUCCACCGCUUCCGGCGAAGGUGGCGGUCUCCGCGGUGGCUUCCAUGGUGGUGCUGCCGCGCGGGGCAAGGACGGUGGUGGAGGUCAUCAGCAUCUUCCAGAGCGGUUUCAUGGGCGCUCCAGCCACCUCUGGAGCCUUGCUCUUGGACGAGAUCUUCGAAGUCCGGCAGAUCCGAAGUUCCGCUGGAAAAUGA